UUUUUAUUCUGCAUAUUUUAUAAAUUCAACCAAAUAAUUUCUAAGUUAAAAACUUCAAACUCCAAAGUAACUCAAGAAGUCACCACAAAAUAUUCACAAAAUUCUUAAUGCCAAAGACUUCUCAUAUUUUAAGUUACACAUAAAGGAAGACCAGAAAUAAUCAAAUAAGAUUAACUUAAAAUAAGACUUGUGAUAAACCCGAAAAAGUUUGGAUUUUCUUUGCCAAUUUGGUGUAGCUACAAGUGCUUUACAUAACUUUGUUCCAAUAGAUUAAAUGAGAAAGUACUUUACUCACUGGUCAUCUCGUGCGAAAGAAAGAAAAUGAUUCAACAAAAAAGGUGUUUGAAUGCAGAAAACGCAAUGCUGGACAACUGCAUCUUUAGGGGACGGACUACAUGACCAACGAUUUGGGUUCUCUCGGUACUAACAACUGCCCACAGCAAGCCACUGAUCGAACUGGUUGGCGAAGUAUCUAGCGCUCUAACUUGAAAGGUGUUUGAAUGUAAAAACCGCAAUGGUGGACGACCGCAUCUUCGAUGAAAGGACCCAGUGACCAACGAUUUGGGGGUGUUCUGUACUAUGAACUGGCGAUAACAAAACACUGAUCUAGCUGGUUGUCGGUGAAAAAUCGACGCUGCUAAGAACGACUGACAUUUGUAAUGGCCAUCUAACUAAAUAAGUAGAUGAUAUAGAGGAUGCGGCAACAUUGCCUUGCCAGCAUGAAUUCUGCAAAUCGUGCAUUACCAAACACAUUGAUAUGUUAAAACAACAACAUCGUCCAGCAUUUUGUCCACUUUGUAGAGGAUAUUUUCAAUCCACUGCGGAUGGUUUCGUAGCUUUAAAAAAUGUUCAGUCUUAUGAAGAACAAAUUGCUGAAGAAUAUUUCUUCGAUGACGGGGAAAUUACGCCCGAUGAUGAGGAAUUUAUUGAAAGCGAAGAUGAUUAUGUUAGUGGAGGCGAAAGUGAACAAAGUUAUAUAUUUUCGAACGAUGAGUUUCUUGAUGAAGAAGCUGAGUUUAGUCCUGUCGAGGAUAUAUUUGACAAUGAACAAUAAAUAUUAACGACAAACAAGGGCGGGUAGUGGGCUCAUCAACAACAAUUAUUUUUUUUAAUUUUAUUUUUGUUCAUAUUCAUAUUUUUUU